AAACAUUAUCUGUUAACACCUACAUAAUACUGUAUUAAAUAGUACGCAAAGGAAACAAAGUAUUAAAUAAGCAUAUAUAUAUUUUAUUAAUAAAGAGGUAUAAUAACACACGUGCAAAGAUAAAUGAACGCCAUUGUCAAAACGUCAAACAACAGAAAAGUUAGAAAACUGUCAAUCAAAAUCGCGAAACAGCUUCAUAACCUAGCAGCAGAGUAUAAUUUCACAACAGCUUUUAAAUAUUUCAAAGAUGUAUGAGAACGAGUAUAUUUAUUUCAAUUAAAUUCAUAUCCUUUUCAAUACUUGAUUCAAGAAAGAAGAAAAGUUACAUUUGUUGUGUACGUGCAAAAUUAUAAAAAAAUAAUUUAGUGAUGCUCAGAGCGAGAGCGGUAUCUGCAAUUUACAUCGAGAGUCAAGCACUCGAACUGUUCUCCGCGGCAAGAAAAGAUGUUUACAAAUUAUUCCGCUCCAGCUUGCUGUCCAGUCAGGCCUCUGCAUCACAGACAGUGUUAACUACAUCAAGGGGUGGUUCCGAGAAUGCCGUCACUCAAAAUAUCAGUGCCCCUGGCGGCAGCAGUCCGAGCGGGGGCGGCGGCGGCGGGCCGUCGAGCGGGGGCCCGGGCACCCAGCCGCCUCGACACUCGUGGAAGCUGGCCGCCACCGCGCUCACGCUGUCGGCGUCCCUUGGCGGGGUGUAUCUGUACCGGAAACUGAAUGAAGAGAAGAAGGACGCAGUUGACACAGAGCAGGCGCGCGCCCCCAGCGCGGCCAGCGGGGCGCCGGAGGAGCCCGAGCCCGUGCCCGGCUCGGGCUCCGCCUUCCCCGCGCACGUGCAGUACCUGCUGGUGGGCGCCGGCACGGCGUCGUUCGCCGCCAUGCGCGCCAUCCGCUCGGCGCGGCCCGACGCGCGCGUGUUGCUGGUCGGCGCCGAGCACGAGCUGCCCUACAUGCGGCCGCCGCUCAGCAAGGAGCUGUGGCGCGAGCCCGACCUGGCGGCGCGCGCCCCGCACCUGGACGCGCUGUCCUUCCGCCAGUGGAACGGCCGGCGCCGCGCCGUGGCCUACGAGCCCGCCGCCUUCUACGCCGACGUGGAGCAGCUGAAGCAGGCGGGCGGCGCCGCCGUGGCGCGCGGCUGGCGCGUCGUGCGCCUGGACGCCGCGCGACAUCUGGCCGAGCUGCGCGCGCCCGGCCGCGAGCCCGUCACGCUGCGCUACGACAAGUGCUUGCUGGCCACGGGGCUGCGCGCGCGCCGCUGCGACGCGCUGCGCGACGCGGCGGCGGCGGGGCGCGCGCUGGCGCUGCGCGGCGUGCGCGACGCGGCGCGGCUGGCGCGCGCGCUGGAGGAGCCGGCCGUGCGCCGCGUGGCCGUGCUGGGCGGCGGCUUCCUGGCCUGCGAGCUGAGCGCCGCGCUGGCCGAGCGUCUGGCGCCCGAGGGCCGCACCGUCACGCAGCUCUUCCGGGAGCCCGCGCCGCUCGCCGGGGUGCUGCCGCCCUACCUGGCGGCGGAGGCGGCGCGCCGACUGCGCGCGGCCGGCGUGGCGCUGCGCCCCGGCGCCGAGCUGCUGCGCGGGGAGCUGCGGGACGGUGGCGUGGCGCUGCGCCUGGCCACCGGGGACGACGUGGCGGCCGACCUGGUGGUGGAGUGCGUGGGUAGCGAGGUGGACGACGAGCUGGCCCGCGCCUCGGGGCUGGAGACGCACCCCGAGCUGGGCGGCCUGCUCGUCAACGCGGAGCUGCAGGCGCGGAGCGACGUGUACGCGGCGGGCGACGUGGCGUGCUUCUACGACGUCGUGCUCGGACGCCGCCGCGUGGAGCACCACGACCACGCCGUGGUGUCCGGCCGCCUCGCCGGCGAGAACAUGGCGGCGCUGGGCCCCGCCAAGCACUACACGCACCAGAGCAUGUUCUGGAGCGACCUCGGGCCACAGCUCGGCUACGAGGCUAUCGGCAUCAUCGACUCGCGGCUUCCCACAGUGGGCGUCUUCUCAGCGGAUGCCGUCACAGAAGAAACUAGCUCGGCGCAGCUAGCCGCCGCCGCCGGCGCGGCCGCCACCGAGGCGGGACCGGAGCCCGAUUUGGGGCCCAGCUCGGGGCCCAGCUCGGGGCCCAGCUCGGAGGCAGUGCAGUCUCCGGCGGAGUCGCGGCGCUACGAGCGCGGCGUGGUGUUCUACCUGCGCGAGCGCCGCGUGGUGGGCGUCCUGCUGUGGAACCUCUUCAACCGGAUGCACGUCGCGCGACAGGUUCUGGCGCAGGGUGAGUUCGACGACCUGUUCGAGGUGGCCAAGCUGUUCUCCCUGCACGAGGACGAGUAGAGGCACGACCUGCAAGCUGCGCACGCAUUUAUCUGUUAUAUUUGUAAAUAACUAAUAUAAAACAAUAAACUGAUCUAGUGACUAUUACUGUAC